GAGCCGCCGACUGCUAUCUAGCUUCCCCGGAUGUUACUCGAAGCGCCACCCGGCCUUUAAUCUUCCCUUUUCAGGUGACAAGAAGAGACGCUUUUUUCGCUUCCGCGCUUGCUGAGGGGGGCUGCGUGUGCGCCUGCGCUCGGUAAAGGAGGGGUCUUCCCGCCCAGCGGCCUAACUGCUGCGCCCUUCUCUCGCCGCCAUCUUGUUCCUCUCGCUUCAAACCAGCGACUCCCAUCCAGCCCCGAAGCGGCCGCCGGUCUCCACCGGGAAGGAACAUGGCGUGGCCGAAGCCGGGGAGAAGCCACCGCCGCGUCCUCAGCCAUCCCCGAAAGGCCUCCGGAGCGGCCGGGCGACGCGGGGCUGAAGCGCUGAGGUGAGCAGCCCUGGGCGCACCCGUCACCAUGGAGCCGAGCAGGGAGCGGGAGCAGGCGGCCCCUCGCCUCGGCGCUCUCCCGACCGCCUUGCCGCCGCCGCAACCGGAGGCCGACGCCCCGUUCUCGCUGCUGCGGCUCUUCUCGCAGCUGCUGCAGCGCCUCGUGCCGGGCCAGGCCGCUCCGCUCUUCUGGCUCCAGUCGGAGGCCCACGCCACAGGGCUGCCGCCGCUGAUCGCCGUCCAGCACCAGCUGCGCCUGGUCGCCUCCUCCUCCUCCACCUACGUGCUCGGCGCUGCAGACAAGGGCUCCCUGCCGGGCCCUCUCAGCGCUGCUUGGGAAGAGCUGCCCGAGCCCCGCUCCGCGCUCUCCAAGCUCCCCGAGAUCCUCCAGCAGGUGCAUCUGCGCGGGAGCAAGGCCGGGCUCGGCGUGCAGGACCCCGACGGCGGCUACUAUAGCUUGGAGGUAGAGGAGCAGCAGCAGCAGCGGGACUCCUGGGCCCCGAAAGACUCGUUGCCUGCGGAUGGCCGUGAGGAGGAAGCUCAGGAGCACCCAGGCUCCGGGGAUGCCUGCGGGCGUCCUGGUGCGGGGGAUCCGUGCGGGGAGGAGGGUCUUUCCGAGGCCCCGUCCGACUCGGACUCGGACAUAGAGCAAGAUAUCCCUGUGGUGACUAGGCCUGCGUGUCCUAACAAACUGAUCGAUUAUAUCCUAGGGGGUGCUUGCAGCGGGGAGGAGAGCGAUGGGGAGGAAGAAGGCUCGGGCGGUGAAGGGGAUGAAGACGACGACGACGACGGGUUUGACAGCGAAGGCUCCCUUUCCGAAUCCGAUGCCGCCAGCCAGGAUGGGGAAAACAUUCACUUGUGGAACUCCUUUUGUAGCCUAGAUCCUUACGAUCCUCGGAAUUUCACAGCAGCUGUUCGAACUGCUGGGAACACACCCGAGGAAGCGCCUCCUGUUGAGUCAGAGGAGGUGGAGGAUACUUCCUCGUGGACUGAAAGUUCCUGGGAGGAAGAUGAGUGGGAGUCCAGCAGCGUGGAUGAAUCGGAAAACUUGAAAUUGUGGAACUCUUUCUGUAACGCUGAGGAUCCUUACAACCCUUUCAACUUCAAGGCACAGUUUCAGACUGCAGAAAAGAAAGGGAAAAGUGGCUUGAAAGGACCGACAGGGGCAGGCCUUGGACCCUCUCAAUGUAGCAUCUUACUUAGCUGUCAAGUGCACCUGAUCGAUAACAGAGACACUGAGGUUCCGGAAAAUGUGAAGCAUAGUGUCCUUUCUAGAGGAAAGUGUAAGAAGAAGAAAAAGGUGACCUUCCUUGAAGAAGUUACUGAGUAUUAUGUGAGCAAUGAGGAAGAUCGGAAAGGACCCUGGGAAGAAUUUGCACGUGAUGGGUGCCGGUUCCAUAAACGAAUUCAAGAAACUGAGGCUGCUAUUGGAUAUUGCUUAACAAUGGAGCACAGGCAGCGAAUAUUUAAUAGACUCCAGGAAAUGUUGUGAAAUUAUGUUUUCUAGCACCUUAAUAAAGUAUAAAAAUAAAAGGGUAAUGCAUUUUAA